AUGAAGGGUGUGUUUCUGUUCUUGAUUGGUCUUUUCUGCGGCGUCGUCGGCUACGUGAGCAUCAUCAGCAGACUCCUCUUGCAAUUCUCUCCCGCACAACCAUGCACUACAACAACGGACACCACCAACCAUCAUCAUCAUCAUGCUACUACUCCAUCACGAUUCCACAGUCGCCUCCGAUUUGUCAUGGUCGUAGGACUGGAAGGAACGGGCCAUCAUUUCAUGGGACAAAUCGCCAAGCACGCUCCUCCCCUGAUGACAACACUGAAGGAAUUGGGAUUGAUUCGGGAAUUGCGCAUCCUCCAGAAAUCGCUCUUUGAUCAUUUCCAUCCCACACAAGGACUCUGGAAUGCUCAUUGUGCGUUGCGGAAUGCCACUACGAUCAAUAUGGCCACACUCCAAGACACUGUCGUGCAACAACUAGCAGCCAUGGAACAACAGUACACUCAACAACAAAAAUCCACAGCAACAAGUGUCAUUCACGUCCCCCUCAACACGGCAUUUGAUCAACGGGGCGUGGGCAUGAUGUCCUAUCCCAAUUUCUACGGCAAUUGUCGCAAACUCAAUUAUCCUUCUUUGGAAUUGCUCUAUCGGGCGUGUGAUCUCGCGCAAGUCGAUUGUGGACAUGUCUAUUUGGAUCGAUCUCCCUCCGCCCUAUUGUAUUCGACCACGCGGAAUCGUCAACUCGGCAGUGGCAGUUUGGCGGAAUCGCUCCAUUUGUACAAGUCCAUGUAUCACAUUGUGGAAUCGCAAUUGCGAGCCUUUGCAUCUCGCACGUGGGGAUGUUUUGAAUUGUUUCACAACGAUAACAACAACAACAACAACAACCAACAACAACAACUUGGUCAGUUGUGGGGCUACCCAUCCGACAGAGAGUUUUCUUCGUUUUGGAAUCAAACGUACAAACCACCCCAACCGGUGCCUCCCAAUUGGAUUCCACCUUCCAUGGAACCGUCCUUUGAUGCCGUCCAACAAGCACAUCAACGCGUCUGGAGGGUCUGUCAACAAGCGUACAGAGGAACCCUUCGAGACGACGAUUGA